AUGCAAUCCCCCCAAGGCCCCAAGUGAUAUCAUAACAUGCAUGUUGUUCUUAAAUACUAUCGUAUGUUCUACCAAAAAUGAUGCUUUUGGUAGAUGAUGAUCUGGAUUGAUUUAAAAGCUUGUGUAGAGUAAUUCUUUUUUGAAGCAUGUUGGGUGUUUGUGAAUAAACCUAGCUAAGUGUAUACACCUGCAUAAUUGUUCUUUUCAAUUGAAACAUACACCUGCAUAAAUGUCAUUUUCAAUUGAAACAUAAAUAAGUGUAACUUAGGUGAAAACGACUAUUUUUUAAGCAUGCCGUAAGAGCUUAAUGUGUAAGAAGUACUUAAAUUUCAUUGAAACAUACGCCAUGGCGUGCUUGCUUACAAUGCUGUUUGUGGCAAAUGUUGUGCCAGAAACCAAGAGAAAAACACGGGAGGAAAUCCAGGCAACCAUCAGCUUAUGGCGGCGUACAAGCUAACCCAUAAAUGAAGAGAACCAUUAUUUAAACAACACUUCUACUGCACUGGAGGCUAGCCUGUACCAUGAUCAUGAGAUGGAUUUCAAAGAUUUGGAGCCAGAAACAGUUUGGUCCGAACAUGAAAGUAUUACAAAAGAUGUUUGUAUCAGCCCAAAUUCCCAAAAACGAAGAGGCGGUGAAAUGUUGAAGACAAGGGGGACUACCUGCUGCGUGAUUCCGUGAGCGGCUGAGCGGUGACUCCGUCAGUUCGUGACUCUUCAAGCUUGUGAAAAGAAAAAAAGAAGUGAACGUCUACAGAAACAGUUGGUGGAAGGGCAAAAUGGAGCAGAACGGGAAAGAAGAAGAGAAUGAAAAGUUGCAUGCUUCUCGUCGAUCGCCAGUGGAAGGAAAAUACUGGUAACCUUAUUUCAGCAACCAAUGAUGAUAAGCUAAGGGACCUCUUUGAUCAAAUCAGGACUUCCAAAACUCCUGUAGUUAUUAACUAUGGUGCAUCUUGGUGCCAUGUUUGCAGGCAGAUACUUCCAGCAUUCUGUGAGUUGAGUAACAGCUUCCCUAAAUAUCGUUUGUAUAUGCUGAUAUUGAUGAUUGUCCAGAGACAACCCAGCAUGUCCGCUACACGCAAACUUUCCAUUUCUACCGUGAUGGGGAGAGGGUUGAUGAGAUGUUUGAUGCCGGCGAAGAGAGACUGCAUGACAGGCUCUGGUUGCACUCUAAGAUACAUGGGCUUGGUUUUAUUUGGUUGCACAUCACUCUUGGAUGGAAAAUCUCUAGAUUUUUGAACAAUUGAUGUUAUCACAUAUAUAAAUGUAUCUCCAUCUCGUGAGUGUUUAAGCUCCAAUGAAAUUAACAAAAAAAAAAAGAGUUUUAUUUCAUAACAAA